AUGGCCGGACCAAGCUCGGCUCGGGGCAAAAGCCCCCUGCCACCAAAAUCCCAGGCUGUGGCCAAAAAAGACACCACUUCGUACAAGUCGGAUGGUGUAGAGGAUAAUGAUAUCUUCUUGCUCCCGGGCACUGACUACCUCGUGCUUCUUGCUCUGACAAUUGUCGGCGCUGCGGUGCGCAUUUUCAGAAUCUCGCAGCCUUCCAGCGUUGUCUUUGACGAAGUCCACUUUGGUGGUUUCGCUUCCAAGUACAUCAAGGGAAAGUUUUUCAUGGAUGUUCACCCUCCCCUUGCUAAGAUGCUCAUUGCCUUGACUGGCUGGCUCGCUGGCUUCAACGGCGAUUUUGACUUCAAGGACAUUGGCAAGGACUAUCUGGAACCGGGCGUUCCCUACGUUGCCAUGCGCCUCUAUCCCGCUCUUUGCGGUAUUUUCCUCAUUCCCUGCAUCUUUCUGACUCUCAAAGCCGUCGGUUGCCGUACUUUUACUGCCGCCAUGGGUGCUGGCCUGAUUAUCUUUGAAAAUGGUCUUCUUACUCAGGCUCGCCUUAUACUCCUCGAUGCUCCUCUCGUCGCCGCUACCGCCUUCACCGUCCUCGCCUUCAACUGCUUCACCAACCAGCAUGAGCUCGGUCCUGCCAAGGCUUUCAGCUUUACGUGGUGGUUUUGGCUGGUCAUGACGGGUCUGGGACUGGGCAUCACUGGCAGCAUCAAGUGGGUUGGCCUUUUCACCAUCGCUUGGGUUGGUGCUUUGACUCUCGUCCAGCUCUGGGUCCUCCUUGGCGAUAACAAGAAUGUCUCUCUUCCCACCUGGGGCAAGCAUUUCGCUGCCCGUGUUUUCGGCCUCAUUGUCAUCCCCGCUGUCUUCUACAUGGCCAUGUUUGCAAUUCACUUCCUCUGCCUCGUUAACCCCGGUGACGGCGACGGCUUCAUGAGCUCUGAAUUCCAGGCUACCCUCAACCACAAGGGUAUGAACGAUGUUGCCGCCGACGUCCUGCUGGGCAGCCGCGUCUCCAUUCGCCACGUCAACACCCAGGGCGGCUACCUGCACUCCCACCCUCUCAUGUACCCUACCGGCUCCAAGCAGCAACAGAUCACCUUAUAUCCCCACAAGGACGACAACAACAUCUGGCUGCUCGAGAACCAGACCCAGCCGCUUGGAAUCGAUGGCGAGCCCAUCAAUGGAACCCACGCCUGGGACAACCUCCCUGAACCUCAGUACAUCAAAGACGGCACCGUUCUUCGCCUCUUCCAUAUUCCUACCUUUCGCCGUCUUCACUCCCACGAUGUUCGUCCUCCCGUCUCUGAACAUGAGUGGCAAAAUGAGGUUUCUGCUUAUGGUUAUGAAGGCUUUGAGGGUGAUGCGAACGAUUACUUCAGGGUCGAGAUUAUCAAGAAGCAGUCCGACGGUGCCAUCGCCAAGGAGCGUCUCCGUACCAUCGAGACCAAGUUCCGUCUCGUUCAUCUCAUGACUGGCUGUGUGCUCUUCUCCCACAAAGUCAAGCUGCCUGACUGGGCCUCCGAGCAGCAGGAGGUGACCUGCGCCAAGGGUGGCAGUCUUCCCAACAGUUUGUGGUACAUUGAGCACAACGAGCACCCCAAGCUUGGCGAGGAUGCCGAAAAGGUCAACUAUCGCAAGCCCGGUUUCUUCGGCAAAUUCAUUGAGCUUCACAAAGUCAUGUGGAAGACCAACGCUGGCCUUACCGACUCUCAUGCCUGGGACUCCCGCCCUGAGUCUUGGCCUAUUCUUCGCCGCGGUAUCAACUUCUGGGGCCGCAAUCACACCCAAAUCUACCUUUUGGGCAACCCCAUUAUCUGGUGGUCCGUCACUCUGACCGUUGCCAUCUGGGUUGCCUUCAAGGGUAUUGCCAUUCUCCGCUGGCAGCGCAGCUGCAAUGACUACUCUAACCCUACAAUUAAGCGGUUCGACUACGAAUUGGGCAGCUCUAUUCUAGGCUGGGCUCUGCACUACUUCCCCUUCUUCCUGAUGAAGCGUCAGCUCUUCCUCCACCACUACUUCCCGGCCCUCUACUUUGGUGUCAUUGCUCUUAGCCAAUUGUUUGACUUCGCUACCGCUCGCUUCGGCGGACUCGGCAAGAACAUGCCAGUCAUCAACCGCGCUGCCACGUCUCUGUUCCUGGUUCUCGCCAUUGCCGCCUUUGCUCUAUACAGCCCUCUGGCUUACGGCAACGAGUGGACCAAGGGCGAGUGCAACACCCUCAAGCUCUUCUCCAACUGGGACUUUGACUGCAACACAUUCUACGACAAGUACGAGGAAUACGCUGAGGCACGUCGCGCAAUCUUAAACGCUACCGCUGUCACUGCCCCCGCUGUCGAACCUUCAGUUGUCACCAAGGAAGAGAAGGUUGAGUUCCGUGAUCAGGAUGGAAACCUCUUGAGCGAGGAGCAGGUCGCCGAGCUCAGCGGUAAGGUUGAUCUUGAGACCAAGUACGAGACAAAAACGCGCGUCGUCGAUGACAAUGGCGUAGAGGUCCCUGCUCCCGAGGAUGGCGGGGAGGGCAAGCUCGGCGGCGCCGGUGUUGCCCCUCCACACCCCGAUGUCGAGGGCGUGGACGAGAAGACUGCCGCUGGCAAGGACGCGGGCGCGGCGAAGGAGUUUGCCGCCAGCCGCGACGGCGAGAAGGAGGCCGAGGUCUCAAAGGCCAAGCCUGCCAGCGAGGGCAAGGAGGCUACUCGCAAGGACGAGUUGUAA